CUUGGGCGCAAGAGAAACCGUACUCGGGACAUUCGACAAGUCGAGACCAAGUGCUCCUUCGAGUUCAUCUUUGGACGUUUCUCGAGGAAGCUGCUCUUCAGCGUGCGAAAAUCCAACAUGAAGGCUAUCUACUAUGUUUGCUGCGUUCUCGUGGUCAUGUGCUUAAUUAACGCGGGACAAUCGGAGAAACCUUUGAACAAGAUCGACCAACAAUUACUGGACGCCUUCAACGUGGACAGAUCUUUGAGAAUGAAAAGACCAUUCUGCAACGCGUUCACUGGAUGCGGAAGGAAAAGGAGUUUCUCCGAGUAUCUGACGGAUCUCCAGGAGUUGAAAUCCAGCGACAGCAUCCGUAUACCAGUUUCUCUGUACAAGGCUCUGUUGAACGCAGCUCAGACCGCAUGUGGUCGAAGCACCGUCGACAUGAACGAGUACCAAUCGUCCGAGGUCCCUCAGGUGUACAUGUCCGGUAAAAUAGGAAAUCAGAAGAGGUACGAGAUGCCGUUGACGUCUCUGGAUUGA